AUGAGGGUAAUUUCUCUACUUCUACUGGCCCUCUUCGGGUCCUUGUCGGCGGUGAAGGUCACAAAUCUGCAGCGGAAUCUCGAUCUGACCACUCAGGUGUUGAAAGGCUCUACCGAAAUCACCUACGAGGCCGAUGCCGCUACGAAAGAUGUCCUAUUCACGCUGUCCAGCGCAGAAGCGGAAAAAGUCUCGAUCUUGACGGCCGGAGAAGCUGGAUCCAAGGAAGAGCCGAAACUGAAGUUCGUCAAAGAGGCCGCUACCACCAAAGGCUUCACGAAUUUCAAGAUCACUCUACCCAAAACGCUCGAAAAGGGAGGCAGCAUCACGUUAAAGAUCGACUAUCAAGUGACGCAGCACCUCACCCCGCUCCCGGCCAAGAUCACUCAAUUGGAGAACCAGUUCUUCUACUAUGACGGAAGCGCCAUCAGCCCCAGCGCGUACCCAGUCGUCAAGCAGAAGACCGUUAUCAAAAUCCCGUCGGGUGGAAAGCUGCAGAGCUAUACCAAUGUUGCCCCAAGCUCGAAGGAAUCCGCCGGUGUUUCGUACGGUCCCUAUGAGAACCAGGAGGCCUACACUGAGAAAUUCAUCCGCGUCCACUUCGAAAACAACAGUCCCUUCAUCGUGGCUACUCGCGUGGAGCGUCUGAUCGAAAUUUCGCACUGGGGAAACAUUGCCGUUGAAGAGCAGAUCGAGAUCAUCCAUCGCGGCGCCGCUCUUGAUGGCUCCUUCUCGCGCUUGGACUUCCAAAUGGAUCGUCGUGGCCCAAAGAUGCCGGCGCUUCAGAAAUACAGGACCAUCCUCCCGGCUGCCGCCAAGGACAUCUACUACCGCGACGUUAUCGGCAACAUUUCGACCUCUGAUGUGCGUCUGAAGCGCGACAGCGUCGAGGUGGAGAUCAAGCCCCGGUUCCCGCUGUUCGGCGGAUGGAAGACGACCUACACCCUUGGCUACAACCUCCCCUCCAGCGAGCAUCUCUUCAAAAAGGGAUCGAAUUUCGCGCUCAAGAUGAAGCUGUACGACCAUAUCAUGGACAACCUGGUCGUCGAGAAAUUGGCCGUGAAGAUCGUGCUCCCCGAAGCCACUUCAAAUGCCAAGAUUGUCACCCCCUACUCCGUCGAGCGCCGUCCGGACGAGUCGAUUGCCACCUAUUUGGACACCACCGGACGCACCGUGAUCGUCAUUCACAAGGAGAAUCUCGUCGAUAGCCACCUGAAGCCUUUCACGGUUUACUACGACUUCGAGUACAUCAACCUGCUGCGCGAGCCCCUGAUGGCCACCGCCUUCUUCUUUGCCCUCUUCUUCGUCAUUAUCAUCUAUUCUCACAUGGACUUCACUAUUGUUCAUGAUCCAUCCCAAGAGGCCAGGGACAAAGCCCAGGGCUCCAUUGACGAGAUCCAGGAUCUGGUCGAGCGUCGCCUGCGCACCUACGAUCACGUCUCCGAGGCUGCCCGUCUAUUCAAGGCUUCUCGCGACGAAGAUGCCCUUGCUGCCGCCAAGGCCAAGGCAGAUGCCACUCGUGCUGAAAUUGCGGAGAAGCUUGCGAACACCCUGGCCAGCCUCAAGUCUCAGCCAUCCCUUUACGAGAAGGCUAUUGGCCUCUCGCAGAACGACGGCCAUAUGAAGGAUUCUGAAGCCACCUACUUGGCUGCCGUGAAGAAAAGUCAGACCAAGGAUGGCCCCGAGGAUAAGGCCCACGCCGCAAAGCUUGCUGAGGGACGCGCCCGAGCCGAGAGCAUCCUGGCCGCCCUG